AUGAAUGAAAAUUUAGGAAGAACUGAGACUGAAAAAAAUAAUAAAAUCUUGAGAAUAUUAAAUGGAAGGGAUGAACUGAAGGGGAAAUAUAUUCUAAUUAGAUUUCCUUUAAGGAAUGCGAUAUUAAUUGCAUUAUUGACAAUGAUGUUUAGAGUUUGGAAAGGAAAUCUUAGAAAUUAA